AUGAAAAAAGUCACCACUAAUUACGCCUAUACUCCAAAGAACGAAGACAAGGCAGUAAGAGCAGCAAUGAAGAAUGCAAAGAUAAGUUUCAAGAACACGCACCAGACCGUAACCAUCCUCAGAGGAAUGUGGCUGGUCUCUGCCAUAAAAUACUUGGACGACGUUCUUGCCCACAAAAGGUGUGUGCCCAUGAAGAGAUUCAACGGGGGAGUGCCCAGAGUAGCACAAGCCAAAGAGUUUGGAGCGCUCCAGGGAAGAUGGCCAGAGAAGAGCGUCAUCCAGGCAAAGUGCAUGCUGAAGAACAUGCAGAACAUCGCUGUAGGAAAGGGCCUAGACAUCUCCAAAGUGAAGGUUACCCACGCACAGGUGAACAGAGCUCCUAUCAUCCACAACAGAACAUACAGAGCACACGGAAGAGUCACCGCAUGGAACAAGUCGCCUUGCCACAUUGAAAUCAUAGCUGAGGAGCAGCUGGGAGAGAUACCAGCAGAAACCGCAGUUAAGACAAUCGCACAGAAGAGAGCAGAGAGAAAGUUCAGAGCACUUGUUAUCAGCGGAAAGUUAAGAGGAGAGCAUAGGAAACAGAUGUUAAAAGAUUAA